GGAAAGACUGCAAUGUAGAGGAUGGGCUCAGAGAAGAGGUUCAUUCGGGUCUGCGUGAAGUGAUUUCCGAAUAGUAAGGAAGAAAUUGCGAUUUUGUUUCCCUUAUUGUGUCGUUACUCGCCAUACGUGUCUUCGGUGUUUAAAAAGGUUGUCACCGACUUGUUGUGUCAGUGUUUAUAAGGAAAUAAGUUAAACAUCCACAUUCUUCCUUCGGAGAAACUUUCCAAAGAAGUGAAAACAAGCUGGGUUUGAGGAGGUGUAUGUCAGGAUGGCACAAUGGAACCAGUUACAGCAGCUGGAGACCAGGUAUCUGGAGCAGCUCUACCACUUAUACAGUGACAGCUUCCCCAUGGAGCUUCGGCAGUUUCUAGCUCCAUGGAUUGAGAGCCAAGACUGGGCUUACGCUGCCAAUAAGGAGUCACAUGCAACACUGGUGUUCCACAACCUCUUAGGAGAGAUAGAUCAGCAGUACAGCCGUUUCCUGCAGGAAAACAACGUACUCUACCAGCAUAACCUGCGCAGGAUUAAACAGCAUCUGCAGAGCAAGUACUUGGAGAAGCCGAUGGAUAUUGCCCGCAUUGUUGCCCGCUGCUUAUGGGAAGAGCAAAGGCUCCUGCAGACUGCCACAUCUGCUGCACAGGACGGUCAGGCAGCUCAUCCCACUGGUACAGUAGUCACAGAAAAGCAGCAGAUCCUGGAGCACAACCUUCAAGACAUCAGGAAGCGGGUGCAGGAUAUGGAACAGAAAAUGAAAAUGCUUGAGAACUUGCAAGAUGACUUUGACUUCAAUUACAAGACACUGAAAAGUCAAGGAGAGUUGUCCCAGGACCUGAAUGGAAACAGCCAGGCAGCUGCUACAAGACAGAAGAUGGCUCAGCUUGAACAGAUGCUGAGUGCCUUGGACCAGCUCAGGAGGCAAAUUGUGACAGAGAUGGGAGGCCUGUUGACAGCCAUGGAUUAUGUACAGAAGAAUCUGACAGAUGAUGAACUAGCAGACUGGAAGAGAAGACAACAGAUUGCCUGUAUUGGAGGUCCACCUAACAUCUGCCUGGAUCGCCUCGAAACAUGGAUCACGUCGUUGGCUGAGUCCCAACUCCAGAUUCGUCAGCAGAUCAAGAAGCUAGAGGAGCUUCAACAGAAGGUGUCCUACAAAGGAGACCCCAUCAUUCAGCACCGACCUGCCCUGGAGGAGAAGAUUGUGGACUUGUUCAGAAAUUUGAUGAAGAGCGCUUUUGUCGUGGAAAGACAGCCAUGUAUGCCCAUGCAUCCAGACAGACCUCUGGUGAUCAAAACAGGGGUGCAGUUCACAAAUAAAGUCAGGUUACUGGUGAAGUUUCCUGAACUCAAUUACCAGCUGAAAAUUAAAGUUUGCAUUGACAAGGAAUCGGGUGACGUGGCUGCAAUUCGAGGGUCACGAAAGUUUAACAUCCUUGGUACCAACACAAAAGUAAUGAACAUGGAGGAAUCCAACAAUGGCAGCCUGUCAGCAGAGUUUAAACACUUGACCCUUAGAGAACAGAGGUGCGGUAACGGUGGCCGGACCAAUAGUGAUGCCUCUCUGAUUGUCACUGAGGAGCUGCAUCUUAUCACGUUUGAGACAGAAGUUUAUCACCAAGGUCUGAAAAUAGAUCUGGAGACUCAUUCCCUGCCUGUGGUUGUCAUUUCCAACAUCUGCCAGAUGCCCAAUGCCUGGGCUUCCAUCCUGUGGUACAACAUGCUUACAAACCACCCAAAGAACGUCAACUUCUUCACCAAGCCUCCGGUCGGAACAUGGGACCAGGUGGCUGAGGUGUUAAGCUGGCAAUUCUCCUCCACGACCAAGAGAGGGCUGACCAUUGAACAGCUCACCACACUGGCUGAGAAACUACUAGGGCCUUGUGUCAACUUCUCUGGCUGUCAGAUCACCUGGGCCAAGUUCUGCAAGGAAAACAUGGCCGGUAAAGGCUUCUCCUUCUGGGUGUGGCUGGACAACAUCAUUGACCUGGUGAAGAAGUAUAUCCUGGCACUGUGGAAUGAAGGAUACAUCAUGGGUUUUAUCAGUAAGGAGAGGGAGAGGGCCAUUCUCAGUCCAAAACCCCCUGGCACUUUCCUGCUGCGCUUCAGUGAGAGCAGCAAGGAAGGGGGCAUAACAUUUACAUGGGUAGAGAAAGACAUCAGUGGUAAGACUCAGAUUCAGUCAGUGGAGCCGUACACCAAGCAGCAGCUCAACAGCAUGUCUUUCGCCGACAUCAUCAUGGGCUACAAGAUCAUGGAUGCCACCAAUAUCUUGGUUUCACCUCUCGUCUACCUCUACCCCGAUAUCCCCAAAGAGGAGGCCUUCGGGAAAUAUUGCAGGCCAGAGGCGGCUCCUGAACCCGAGAUUGGAGGAGACUCUACGAGCACUAUUCAGCCGUACUUGAAGACAAAGUUCAUCUGCGUUACACCAGAAUUUCAGCUGAGGAGGUGGUCUCUAAUCCAUCCUGGGGACGGGUUGCAUUCAUAUGCUUUCAGUGAUGAGACGUGUCCCUCCGUGUUCAUGGACUUGCCGGACAGUGAUCUGCUUGGGAGCGGAUUCCCGGGCACAAACUCUGGAAACACCAGUGACCUGUUCCCCAUGUCGCCUCGUACCCUCGACUCUCUGAUGCACAAUGAAGCUGAAGCUAAUCCAGGACAUUUGGAAUCACUCACUUUGGACAUGGACGUCGCGUCACCAAUGUGAAGAGGUUUCCAUGGGUACCAGGACCUGAUGAUGGUUUUCUCUUUUUUCUCCUCCUGUACAGUUUGUUUCUCUUGUUCCUGUAUAAAAUAAACACACACACACACUCACACAGUAGUCCGGAAAUCGAAUGCUUUUGAAAGACUUUACCACCUUUUUUAGACUUUGAAUCUACACCUGCACUUAUUCUGUGAAACUGUUGAUCAAUACUGACUUAAUUACUGACUUUGCAUUCAGUACUUCCUCAUCUUCACAGUCGUCUCUACACACCAGAUAGUAUCUGGAAUUGUAUUUUUUUAAAAACGUUGUUUUGUCUCCUGAAGUUUGUGAUGAAUUGAUGUGCUUUUUAUGUUUCUUUGCGUAAGAAAAUGUAAUGAAAGUAAUUGGUGUAUAAGCUAUAUAUCGCUUUUGAGUAUUUACUGCGAUUCAUUUCUUGUUUGUUGCAUUUAUUGAGUCCUGCCAAAUGUUUUGCCACAGGUUUUUCCAAAAUACCUUUUGGAUUGCACUUAAAUUUGUUUCUUUGCAGUUUUUACGCAAAAUUGAAUAUUUGUUACAUUUUUCGAGAUCAAUUUGACGCAUUUUAAAGUCGGACACAGUGGGAAAGAUGGACGAUUUUUCAACCUUCAGAGUAAAUCACCCGUGAACUUUAUCUGUAAUAUGAUUAUAACUUGUAAAGGUGUUGCUCUUUUAAUUCCCUCUAAAAAUGCUGUAAUUUGUGAUUCUGCGAACAAUUUUAAACUGGCAUUAGUGUUUUUGUCUGUGGGGUCAGUUACGCUCAGAUAUCUCAAGUCAUUCAACGAUUUAUGUUUGGGGACAAAUUAUUAUCAAAUCGACUGCAAAUGUUUCUGGUUUCAAGAUUUUUUUCGAUAACGUACACAUUUGAAGGUGUGUAGCAGGUGACCUUCGACCUUUGACACAGUCCAGUUAUUGGUUGUCAGCUGACUUUAAUGCAACGACGUCACGUUUCACCGUCGAGCUGAUGCACGUCAAGUUUUUCUGUAAAAUAUGCUGUAACUAUUCAGACAGAUGGCAAUAAAACCAGUUGGAACUAGA